CUUGCUUGGCGGGAACGUUUAUGAUUGUACACUCGAAACGGAAUAGGAUGUUAGAAUCCCCAGAGCUCACUUCAUGAAAAAGUGUUGCGUUUUUCUGCAAGUCAAAUAAUUUUAUAACACAGCGAACAAAGAAUAACCUCCUGGCUCCACAAAUGGUGGACUGGCUCCACUGUAACCUGUGUUUCAUACAGCCUGGUGCAGGAGCCAACUUCUCCCUCACCAACUGUGGACAUAUCUACUGUGAGAAAUGUUUGGUAGAAGUUGAUGUUUCAGGCUGCAAAGAACGAUGUCGGAUGUGUGGAUCCAACUGCACAAUCAUCAAGCUAUCUGCAAAUAUGAAACCAGAAGUGGAACUGUUUUUCACUGAUCCUGUGGACAUCCUGAGGAAAUGUUUGAAGCAAGCCAUACAGGUGUUAGACUUCCAGAAGAACCAUCGCGGGAGGAUGCUGAGUCACUUUAAGGGAAAGGUCUCGAAGCAGCAGGAGGUGUUGGACAAGGCCCAGCAUUCUAUACUGAAAUACCAGCAAGUAGAGAGAGAAUUGAUACGGUUGAGAGAAGAAAACUCAUAUUUGAAACGAUUGAUAUCAGAAAAGGGACUUGGGAGUCAUUCUAGGCCCGGGGUCCAGUACCGGGAGCAUGCGUCCAGCAUCAUCAUCGCCGGGGAGCUAUCGAGCUUCCCCAACCAGAUCCCCUGGCACCCAGACUUCACCCUACAAAUCCAGGGGCGCGGCACACUCUGCCCCCACGCAUUACUCCAGUUCCCAGCCUCAGUCGCAGCAGAUUUCAGGAACCUCACCAAUGACUUCUGGCCGCAUCUCUGUGAGGACACCGCCCUCUGGUGGCAGAAUAGCCAGCAGUCAAGUGACACCCAUCCACGACUUCCACAGGUCACAGACACCGCUAUCUGUCCCACAUCCUAUCAGUCUGCCAAGCCCCUCACCUAAACGUUCAUAUUGAAGAAGAGCGUGUUGAGGAUCUGAAGAUCGAGUCCACCUUGAGCUUGUAUGUUAGGUUGUACAAAGUCUAUAUUGUUAAUAAACUAAACAAAUGUA